GGCUAAAUACUUCCUCAAACACGCCGCGCCACUCAUUCUGCUCUCAACUCACACAGCAGCAGUGAGAAUACGAGACGAAUUACUGAAACCUCUCGGACUUUUAAGUUGGCAGAGGGAUCUCUCACCAUGGCUCCGUUCCUGCGGAUUGCCUUCAAUGAUUUUCACCUGGGAGACCUUCCCCCUAUGACAGAGCAACCAUUCUGUGCCAUCAAGAUGAAGGAAUCACUCAGCACAGAGCGGGGGAAGACACUGGUCCAGAGGAAGCCCACUAUGUACCCUGCGUGGAAAUCCACAUUUGACGCACACAUCUAUGAGGGCCGUGUCAUACAGGUGGUCCUGAUGAAAACGGCAGAGGAGGCUUUGUCGGAGGCCACGGUCGGGGUCUCUGUCAUUGCUGAGCGCUGCAAAAAAGGAAAUGGUCGUGCCGAGUUUUGGGUCGACCUGCAGCCUUCUGGGAAGGUGAUGAUGUCUGUCCAGUUCUUCGUAGAGGAUUCAGACCAAGAAUCAAAGUCCUCAGUGACUGGGAAAGAGGAAGACGGCGUCCUCACAAUAAACAGAAGGAGAGGAGCCAUCAAACAGGCCAAAGUUCACUUUAUCAAGAACCAUGAGUUCACAGCCACCUUCUUCAAACAGCCCACCUUCUGCUCGGUCUGCAGGGAGUUUGUGUGGGGUCUCAACAAGCAGGGCUACAAAUGUAGGCAAUGCAAUGCAGCCAUUCACAAGAAGUGCAUUGAUAAGAUCAUUGGGAGAUGCACAGGAACAGCAACCAACAGUCGAGAUACAGUGUUUCAGAAGGAGCGCUUUAAGAUCGACAUGCCACAUCGUUUCAAGACCCAUAACUACAUGAGCCCGACCUUCUGUGACCACUGUGGGAGUCUGCUGUGGGGAAUGGUCAAACAAGGCCUCAAGUGUGAAGAAUGUUGCAUGAACGUUCAUCAUAAAUGCCAGAGCAAAGUUGCCAACCUCUGCGGAAUCAACCAGAAGCUCCUGGCUGAGGCUUUGACUCAAGUUAGCCUGAAAUCUUCCACAAAGCGUCCAGAUCCCUCUCUGUCGGAAAUUGGAAUCUAUCAAGCCGUAGAUAAAAACAUGCCAGUGGACCCUAGUGCGGAGGGCUCUCAAUAUGGAAAACUGUGGGACAAUAGGACCCCUGCCUCUCCCAGCACCACUAUCACACCCCGCGUCUCCAUAAGCAACUUUGUGUUCCAUAAGGUACUAGGCAAAGGCAGCUUUGGAAAGGUGAUGCUCGCUGAGCUCAAAGGAAGGGGAGAAUAUUUUGCUAUAAAGGCCCUGAAGAAGGAUGUGGUGCUAAUGGACGAUGACGUGGAGUGCACAAUGGUGGAAAAAAGAGUGUUAGCAUUAGCCUGGGAAAACCCUUUCCUCACACACCUCUACUGCACCUUUCAGUCGAAGGGCUCUCAAUAUGGAAAACUGUGGGACAAUAGGACCCCUGCCUCUCCCAGCACCACUAUCACACCCCGCGUCUCCAUAAGCAACUUUGUGUUCCAUAAGGUACUAGGCAAAGGCAGCUUUGGAAAGGUGAUGCUCGCUGAGCUCAAAGGAAGGGGAGAAUAUUUUGCUAUAAAGGCCCUGAAGAAGGAUGUGGUGCUAAUGGACGAUGACGUGGAGUGCACAAUGGUGGAAAAAAGAGUGUUAGCAUUAGCCUGGGAAAACCCUUUCCUCACACACCUCUACUGCACCUUUCAGUCGAAGGAGCACUUAUUCUUUGUGAUGGAGUAUCUGAAUGGAGGAGAUCUGAUGUUCCACAUUCAGGAUAAGGGCCGUUUUGAUUUGUACAGAGCCACGUUUUAUGCUGCUGAAAUCGUCUGUGGACUACAGUACCUCCAUUCUAAAGGAAUUAUAUACAGAGAUUUAAAGUUGGACAAUGUGAUGCUGGACAUUUAUGGACAUAUUAAGAUUGCAGACUUUGGGAUGUGCAAAGAGAACAUGCUUGAAGAAAACAGAGCAACCACGUUCUGUGGCACACCAGAUUAUAUAGCUCCUGAGAUCCUGCUGGGACAGAAAUACAGUUUCUCUGUGGACUGGUGGUCGUUCGGCGUGCUGCUCUACGAGAUGCUGAUCGGCCAGUCGCCGUUCCAGGGCGAUGAUGAGGAUGAGCUGUUCGAGUCGAUCCGCAUGGAUGUACCUCACUACCCACGGUGGAUUACCAAAGAGACCAAAGACCUGCUGGAGAAAUUAUUUGAGCGGGAUCCAACUCGGCGGCUUGGUGUUGUGGGAAAUAUCCGUGGACAUGCCUUCUUCAAGUGA